UUUAAAGAAAUUCUGAGGGGCGACACCGAGUUGCCCGCGAGCACAGCGACGUACGCGUUCGCACGUUCAAGGAAAGAACACCUUUUUCAUUUGCACCUGUAUCGACCGAGAGUUGUUAGGAGCCAGAAUGAGCAGCCACUUUAGCAAGGGACCAACGUUCGGGCUGUCAGCUGAGGUCAAGAACAAGCUGGCCCAGAAGUACGACCCGCAGAAGGAGGAGGAACUACGACUCUGGAUCCUGGAAGUCACGGGUCACAGCAUCCCGGACAACUUCAUGGAGCGUCUGAAGGAUGGAGUCAUCCUGUGCGAACUGAUCAACAAGCUCCAGCCUGGAUCUGUGAAGAAGAUCAACAACUCCGCACAGAAUUGGCACCAGCUGGAAAAUAUUGGCAAUUUCGUCAGAGCCAUUACAGACUAUGGGCUGAAGCCUCAUGAUAUCUUUGAAGCAAACGAUCUGUUUGAGAACAUCAACCACACCCAAGUUCAGAGCACACUCAUCACUUUGGCUGGACUGGCGAAGACUAAAGGGUUCCACACAAAGUAUGACAUCGGGGUGAAGUACGCUGAGAAACAGCAGAGGCGCUUCAACCCACAGAAGAUGAAAGAGGGCCGUAAUAUUAUUGGGCUGCAGAUGGGGACCAACAAGUUUGCCAGCCAGAAAGGCAUGACAUCAUAUGGCACAAGACGUCACCUCUAUGAUCCCAAGACGGGCAUGGAUAAGCCUGUGGACCAGUCAACCAUUAGCCUGCAGAUGGGCACCAAUAAAGGGGCCAGUCAAUCGGGCAUGACCGCUCCUGGCACGAAGAGACAGAUCUUUGACAAGAAGGUGGACCUAGAGCCAUGCGACAUGUCCACAGUGUCCCUGCAGAUGGGCACCAACAAGGUGGCGUCACAGACAGGCAUGACCGUUUACGGUCUCCCGCGCCAGAUCUAUGACAGCAAGUACUGCAUGAGUCCUGAUGGCUAUAUUAACAACGGGGAGGACGGGGAGAUGUACGCUUACGAUGGCUACGACAACUACUAGGAAAGACGAGAACCUGUGAGAUCCUCCCAAACGUCUGUCAACUGUCACUCUUGCUGUCCUGUGUUUGUGUUGAUUGUUUCUUAGUCGUUUCAAAAUUCUUCCCUCAAGUUUCUGUCUGCUGUUGUCACCUGAAAUAUUUUGUCAAAGAACUUUUUAAAUUCCCUCCCCUUACAUCCAUCCCUCCAUUCCACAAUUUUUAUAUUACAACUACAGCCUACAAAGAAUGUCAUCACUCAGUCUAUUUACUGCAAUGCCUAUUUACUGCAGUGCUUUAUUUAUAUGUAUUAUACAUUAUCAGUUUUGAUACCAAAGACACUUUUUUUUUUUUUGUUCUUUCCUCCUAAAGGCAAUGGGCAACUGCCAGGUAAAUGUAUAUAAAAAUGGCUCAUUUUGUCCAGGCUGCAAGUUUCUCCAUGGCUUCCUCUUUUGAUGAUUGACGUCUGUGUAAAAAUGGACUGACAUUUUGGAGGGAAGAGCCGCAGCCUUUUGGCACUGGGGGUUCAUGGUCACAGUGAAUUUACAGUGGAGAUGGAGCACAUAAGUUGAAGGGACCUGGUCAUUGUCUGCCAGCCUGGAGUUUGGAGGAUCAAGCAGAUCCCUUUGUCAGUGUCUAAAAUUUCUGUUUUCAAAAUGUUUUAGUUUCUGUUUUUUCACAGUGCAAUAUAUUUCUUUGCUCCCCCCCAUGCUGUUGUUGUGUGUUUUUUUUUUUUUUUUUUUUUUUUUAACAGUUAAUGUAACAUUAACUGGGCAGUAUAACAUCACUUGCAGCCAGUCAUUUUAUACAAAUUUUUAUGACAAGCCUUUUUAAUUCAAUGUUUUGCUUUAUGUUAAGCAGAUUCUGUAUCACACAAACUAUGUUUAAUAAGGUAAAUCUUUGAGAAGAUAUUUAGAGCAUUGCAGAAAUGUACCAUUUUGGAUUUGUUUCUACAUAAAUAUUGGUACAACAAAAGUGGAUGGCGAAAGUUAAUUCAACUGAAGUAAUUUCUGUAAGAGAGUUUUGCAUUUAAAAUUCUAUUUGUGUGCAGAAUAAGCUUCCCGCAUGCUGUUUUUACGAUACUGACUAUAGUGAACAGGCAAGUUUGUUGGGAAAGUCGGAGGAACGUUCAUAGUCCUUCCUUAAAUACGGACUAUGAAGCUGAAGGCCAUGUAAGGUGGUGAUAUAGAACCCUAGAAAAAUAGCGAAGAAGCCUGCAGAGCACUGUUCUCCCGUGGCCUUUCUGCUUCAUAUUUAUACAGUCAGUGGACACUUCUCGAAAGUGACUUACAAUUUUAAGCUACCUGCAGUUAUUGAUACAGCCGAGUAAUUUUUACUGGAGUA